UGAUCAGACUGUCUUUUGGGGGAAUUCUCUGAAGCUGGUUGCAUCCUUUAUUAGUAAUUCUUGCAAGCAUACACACACACACACAAACACAACAUCCUCUCACAUUCCUCUUUUCUCUCUCUUCCACUCUCCUCUCCCACCACCACCACCACCACUGCCACCCCUGUCCCUCCCUCCCUCUGCCCCUCGCUCUGGCGCUCUCCCUGCCUCUCUCCAAAGCUGUUGUUACUGUGCGGCUCCCGCACAUCAUUCCACCGCGAUGGAAAUUAAAUGAAGGUGGCUUAACGCAGCUAACAGAGGCAUGCUUUGAAGGAUGUAACCAGGGGAAGCUGUGCUGCCAGAUCCUUUUCCAUGGGCUGUGGAUUUGUGCUGCUGAGGCGAGGACACAGCAAUCACUCAGCCAUGCAGAAGCCCAGACAACAGGACUAAUCUCUCCACCUGACUUGUGGGAGCUCCACUUUUUUUCUUCUUUUUUUCUGAAUUAUUUAUUCCUCGUUGCCAAAGACAGUGUGGGACAAUGGAGCCGGAGUGAAGUAGAUGGUGAAUUUGUAGCCUUGACUGCAGUCUGCAGCACACAUGGAUGUGUUCAGCUUUGUGAAGAUGCCAAAGCUGUCAGGCCACAGGACCAAAUCCUCAGGCUGGCCGCCCCCUUCAGGGACCUGGAGUGGUUCGCAGGGACCCCCAAAUGGAUGGGACAUGGGCACCAAUAGAGAAGGGCGUGACUGCUACAUCAACCACGUCUCCCAGAGCAACUCCCUGGAGGAAGUUCGUCUGGACGGAGACAAGUUUGUGCCACCAGCGCCCCGUAAGGUGGAGAUGAGGCGAGACCCAGUGCUUGGCUUUGGAUUUGUGGCAGGCAGUGAGAAACCUGUGGUGGUCCGCUCAGUCACACCAGGGGGUCCAUCAGAAGGCAAGCUGAUCCCAGGGGACGAGAUCAUCAUGAUUAAUGAUGAGCCUGUCAGUUCAGCACCCAGGGAGAGGGUUAUUGACCUCGUCAGGAGCUGCAAAGAGUCCAUACUGCUGACUGUUGUUCAGCCGUACCCAUCACCCAAAUCAGCAUUCAUCAGUGCAGCCAAAAAGGCCAAAUUAAAGACUAAUCCUGUUAAAGUCCGCUUUGCUGAAGAGGUCAUCAUCAAUGGACAGAUCCCAGAAACUGUGAAGGACAACUCCCUUCUUUUUAUGCCAAAUGUUCUUAAGGUGUACCUGGAAAAUGGGCAGACUAAAUCAUUUAAAUUUGACAGCAGCACAUCCAUUAAGGACGUCAUCCUGACCCUGCAAGAAAAGCUAUCCAUUAAGAGCAUCGAGCACUUCUCUCUGAUGUUGGAGCAAAGAGCUGAGGGAUCUGCCAGCAAACUCAUGCUCCUGCACGAGCAGGAGAUGCUAACUCAGGUGACACAGAGGCCAGGGUCACACAAGAUGAAGUGCUUUUUUCGGAUCACUUUUGUCCCAAAGGAUCCCGUGGACCUUCUUAGGAGAGAUGCAGUAGCAUUUGAGUACCUCUAUGUUCAGAGCUGUAAUGAUGUUGUAUUGGAAAGAUUUGGGUCAGAGCUGAAAUACGACAUGGCUCUCCGUCUGGCUGCCCUGCAAAUGUAUAUUCUAACCAUCAAUACCAAACAGACUCAGAAAGUUUCCCUGAAGUAUAUCGAGAAGGAGUGGGGAUUGGCGUUGUUCCUGCCUCCUGCAGUGCUGUCUAGCAUGAAAGAGAAGAACAUCAAAAAAGCCCUCACUCACAUCCUCAAAACCAACCAAAACCUGGUGCCGCCUGGCAAAAAGCUGACUGCCUUGCAGGCAAAGGUCCAUUAUCUGAAGUAUCUCAGUGACUUGAGGCUUUACGGAGGACGUGUGUUUAAAUCCACGCUAGUUCAAGGCGAGAAGCACACGGAAGUGACUUUGCUAGUGGGACCCAAAUAUGGCAUCAGUCAUGUGAUUAACACCAAAACAAACCUGGUUGCACUUCUGGCUGAUUUCAGUCAUGUCAACCGCAUUGAGAUGUAUACAGAAGAUGAGAACAGGGUUAGAGUGGAACUACAUGUUCUGGAUGUAAAGCCCAUCACUCUCUUAAUGGAGUCUGUUGAUGCAAUGAAUCUGGCCUGUUUGACUGCUGGCUACUACAGAUUACUGGUGGACUCUCGGCGCUCCAUCUUCAAUGUGGCCAAAAACACAGAUAGUAUGGACACAAGUCAUGCAGCGAGAGUAAAGCAGAACUACCAGGCCAUUGAGUGUACAUACAGCACACCCCACAAAGGAUGUGAAGACAGAAACAACCAGCGGUGCAGCCAAGAUUAUUCUGACACAGAGUGCGAAUACCUCGACCAUCGCAGAUGUGAAGGCCAACCCAUCUAUGUAACUGAGAUCCACCAGCCCCAGCACUCAAUUCACAUGACCCAGAGAGCAGAGUGCUGCAGAGUCCCUUGUUCCCAAACCUAUCUCAAUGUUCCACGGCAGAAACCCCAGGACUCCUCCAGGAGUGCAAAGGUCUCCUUCAUAUUUGGAGACCCUCCCUUAGACAGCGUAAACCCCCAAAAUCUGGGCUACCAGAGACUGAUGGAUGAAGGCCCGGAGAUUCUAGACAAUCACAGCCCCAUGUACAGGCGUCUUGAGGAGGACUAUAAGAUGAUGGAUGCCAUAGAAGACGGGUAUCAGUACUCCACUAAAAUCUUUAGUCCUAGCGAGUGCAUCGAGGAGCCACUGCUGCAUGAUAUCUGCUACGCUGAGACAACAGACGACGCAGAGGAUGAGGAUGACAUCAGCUGUGAGGAAGACAUGGUGAUGAGUGACACUGACAAGCCUACACUGCUCUCGCUCUCAGGGUCCAGCGAUGACAUCAUUGACUUGACCUCCCUCCCUCCCCCGCCGGAGGGUAAUGACGAGGAGGACAAUGACGUACUGCUGCACUCUCUUAACAUGGCCAUUGCUGCUCCUCCUCCUGGUUUCAGGGACAGCUCUGAUGAGGAGGAGCAGCAAGGGGCUGGAAUUCGGGCCCAGGGAGCCUGCAAUGAUAUCCCAGUGUCUCUCAUAGAUUCAGUGCCCACCCACGGAGCAGAGGGCCCCGGGGAGCCUUUCGAUGAUGCGGUGGUGUCCACCUUACAGGCACUCGAGGCCCUUGCUGCAUCUGAGGAACAGAGUCCAGCACAGUCAGAGAGUAGCACAGGUGUAGAAAUAUCACGAGCAUUUAGCCCCGAGUCUUCAGAUUCUGGCAAUGAGACAAACUCUUCUGAGAUGACAGAGAGCUCCGAGCUGGCCACCGCUCAGAGACUCUCAGAGAGCCACCUGAGAAUGCAUGUAGCCAUGGCCGAAGCAUACCAUGCCAUGAAUGAAGAAAAGACAGAGGUGAGUGCACCAAGUGAUGGCAGAGCAGGAGCUAUGCAGUAUAACCCCCAGGAGCAUCAGGAGGAGGAGGCGAAAUCUUCUGCUGUGGCAUCCUCACAGAUAUUUCACUCAGAUGGUGGUGAGAUGGAGCCAGAGACUAUGGAAAUAAAAUCAGUGAGUGAAUAUUUCACUAAAAUGCACAUGGGCUCAGUGAUGAGCAGGCAGAGAGGUAAACAGAGGGAGACAGAGAGCAGAAACCAAGGAAACACCUGUGAGUCCUCUGAUAAAUCGCACAUGGCCUCGCAAGACUCUGCUAAGGAAGAGGCCCCUCAUCUUGUGGGGAAGUAUAACGCUUUCACUGUGAGAGAUUCCUAUUACAUGAAUCAACUUGAUCUGGGUCGAACUCACUUUAAAGACAGGCAUCAAAAAUGGCAGCAGAGAGUGCCCGGGAACAAAAUGGCAGAGAAUCUUGCUCCAGAAUGCGUGAAUGAGUCACAGGCUUCCCACGCAGACAGGUUGACAGCAAAGGGAGAGAAGCAGGACUCAGAUGAAAGAAGCCAACAGUUAAAUGCCCAUCUCAUCUCCCCAUCCAAAGGGCCCGUCCCUGCAGAGGGAGAUGCCGCUUCACAGGAUAACGAGCAGCAGCAAGCGAAGCCCUCAGAGCAAGACGUCACACGGUUAUACGACUACCACGUGAGCAAGCGUAUGUCAUCGAUACAAAGUGAAGGCAUUCAUUCCCUCCAGAGCUCACAGUGUUCCUCUAUAGAUGCCGGUUGUAGCACGGGCAGCAGCAGCUGUGUCACGCCCAUGGAUUCUCCCCUUUGUGCCACAGAAAAUAUGCAUGUACUGUCCGAGUCCUCACUCAAGGGGCUGGGCUAUGCCCCGCCUGAGGAGAAGGCUUAUGGAGCCCCGGGGCAGGGGAAGCCGGGCCAUCCCAUGGACCCCACCCUGUUGAGGAAGAUUCACGCAGCUACCAGCGCUGAGCCUGGGUUCGGGACGACACGGGAUGGCAGUCACAGGAUGCCCAAGAUAAAAGAAACCACAGUGUAGCUUGCACACAGCUGAAGAAGGCUGGGGAAGAGUCAUCUUUAGCUCUCUGUAAUGAGACCAGUACCACCACCACAACCAUGUCACCUUCAUCAUUACGAAGUAGCACAGAGCCCAGCGGGC